GUACAGCACGGACAUCCUCUCGUUGUUUUCGUCCCAGUCCUAGCGUAUCGUGGGAGUGGUGCAUUGGUAUAAUACUACAGUCCUACAGUGCUGCAACGUUAUUACAAUCACUGUAAACGUCAGAUUAGGAAAUACACUCACCAUAUGUCGGCAACUAAUACGCUCACGACGUGAUUGAGAGUACAUUCCAACUAGUCUACGUGAAGCACACUUGGUUAUCACCAAUGAACUUGGUAUUGAUAUGACAAGCCGAUAGGUAGUAAUCGAUCAGCAGGCAGAGUGUCUGGCCACCGAGACUUUUUCUGUGUUGAUUCCUGGCAAGAUUGGUAGACAAUUCUACCCAUUCAUUCUGAUGACUCCUACUGAGUUGUUCAGACAAAGUUUAAGAAUUCGAGAAAGAAGUCCCAUCACGCUACGAUGGAAUACAUUCGGACAAAAAUUAGCUAUCACCAACUUGCAAAGGAUGAGGAAGGCCAGAGUGCUCUGGAAGCAGAUGACCCCAAAGGGUCGUCUUCUUCUAGAGAAUUCACGUACUUGAUCAUGAUAGUCUGCUGUAUAUUGGCAGCAACAGGUGGCUUUGUUGUUGGGGCUUUCUUCCAUUCCAAUCGUUCCUUUUACGAAGAUCACAAUGCGAAGGGGACUAUAGCGCCGCGCAUACCAGCUUCGCAAAUCAUAGGGGAAUUUGUCUUCUCUUCUCCUUUCUCUAAAGAGCCGCCGCAAGAUGAUGGCGCAGGAGACAUAUCUGAGCCAAUAUGGGAUGCUCUGAUACCAAAUGGGCUGGGCUACUUUAAAGACCACAAUCUCGCACCAGUAAUCUCUAUCCCAACAGUCUUCCACCAACUUCAUUGUUUGUAUGUUAUACGUCGUGCAUACUAUUCACAAUCAGCCGAACUUCAAGGUUUCGACUUUGGCAAGAAUCGAACUAUCCACGCGGCUCAUUGCUUUGAUUAUCUCGAGCAGAGCAUUACCUGUGCAUCAGAUAGUACAGUUGAGCCGGGCGAAGAUGACCCCAACGGAUUUCUUGGUCAGUACACAGACUCUCCUUGUGUGGUCUUUUGAUAGGCUCCGAGACACAUUAUAAGGGCAGUUUAUGACUCGCCACUCUACAAUCUCUCCCUUCUCUUCAUUAUAAUAGCCCAAUAACUAACCUCCAAGUCACUAUACAGGCAGCGGCUUCCCGAGACAGUGUCGAAAUUUUGAUGCAGUAAAGCGAUAUGUUGAGAAGUGGAGGGUAUUCAACGCCACGGGUUUUCUUGCACAUGGG